AUGGCCAUGUCUGAUAUGUUGCCCGAGAUCGUCUUGUUCGGCGCUUCUAUGACAGAGUGGAGUUUCAGAGAAGAGACACAGGGUCUUGGGUGGUUUUUAGAAAAAAAAUAUGCGGGCAAGACGAUGGUGGCGAAUGAAGGAUUCAUGCACAGUUCCGCUGGCAAAGCAGGUUAUACAUCGACCCGUCUCAAGGAUGACUUCACUCGUAUAAUCCACCGUGCAACAUCCCCAGGCGCGGCACCAACCCUCCUGUUCACAAUCUUCAUCGGCGCAAACGACACCGCCAUGGUCGGGGAGAUGGAGUUUGUGCCUUGGCCCAUCUUUUCAGCAACUAUUCGAAACUUCCUUGACACUAUCCUCAAUGAGAACACUAUGGAAAAUACGAAGGUUUUGCUGAUCACCCAUCCUCCCAUUAACGGAUCUGUGGUCGAGACUGGAGAGAACAAGUCUGCAAGGGAAAUUGAGGACAUCAACCAAUGGAGAAAGGAAGGCCCAAGGUACAAGACGUACAUGAGCAAAAGGAGGUAUGCAGACGGUAUCAUGCAAAUUGCGAAAGAGUACGAAAAGACGGGGAGGGUCGUUGGGCUCAAUUUCUGGCAAGAUAUUGUGCAUGCAGUCGUUACAGAAGAAGGAUGGCAGUACGAUGAGCAGGUACCACCAGGAUGCGGCCUGUUGGGCGCCCAGCCGUUCCCAACAGGGUGGAUUACAGAUGGGCUGCAUCUCGAUAUCAGGGGAUACAGAGUACUGAAUAACGCACUAUUGGAGAGCUAG